CGCGAGAGACAAACACGGACGGGAUGCGCAUCGCCGAGGUGCAAACGAAAGGAAAAGGUUUUCGCAUCUCCGCCGACGUGACUCUGCGUGAGUGCAGCGUCGUCAUCGUCGGGAGUACGUGCGGGAUAUGCGGUAGAGCCUUCAAAUGCGAGAGCGACGUUGCUCUGCACACACGAUGGCGGCACAACGCUGCCCUGGGAUCACUAAUGGACAUCUUGGACCACCACAAGAUAAAUCUCGACGGCGGUCAGCAAUUCGACGUGUGCGACAUACCCUUCGAGAUCCUCUCCAAUCUAAGGAUCCACAAACGACUGACGCACAAGAAUAGGCUCAGGCAGAGAAGGAGUCGCCAAAAAGGGAUGGUACGCGUGAAAUUCAAACUGAACGGCGUGACGACGACGGACGUGAGCCUGGAUCGGAGGUACAUAAAGCUGCAGGAUAGCCUCGGGUAUAUCGUCGACGUUUGCACGCAAACUCCGGGCUCCUUCGAAAAUGAGGGAGCCGAGAGAAAAGAUAACCGCGCUGGGAAUAUCGAUUUGUCUUUCCCGAACCAUGUUGUGGACGAGAGUCACAUGCAACACGGUAUACGGCCCGACAAAGCUGCGAAUCGAUACAUUGUAGGUAAAUUUGCGUCUACCAAAGGCGACGCGAUAGCGAGUCGCACGGUUGUGGUGGGGAAGAGUCUCGAAAAGAUCUCGAAUACGCCAUAUAAAGACGCAAUCCCCGAUAGCAACAGUUCUUGCGAAAGACAGGAAGAUCGUUGUUAUCUCGCUUCGCAGGAAACCACAGCUGACAUGGUUAUCAAAACUUUUUCCGAUAGCAUAGACAUCCGCGAUAAGGAAAAUUCGUCAACGACGAACGAGCGAGAAAGAAGAAAUUGUCAAAACGAAAUUUCAUUCAACGACAACAAAGUUCUUCUCGCCUGCCAGCCGGAGAAAUCCGACAAAACGUCACCUAUGUCCAAGCAAAAUUCUUGGUCCAGCGAAAGCCCUCACUACUCUAUCAGAUGGUCUGGUGAAGUUGCAGGGGCCAAAGAAACCGCUAAAUUGACCAAUUCUUUCAUAAAUUCCAUGGAAAUAAUUAUUAAUAACGGAAAAAGUUAUGGUUUUGACGGAGACGCGACGAAACGUUUAGCUCCUUCUUUAUCUCGACUUCACAAGAAAACAGAGUCGGUGAAAACUAAUUCGAACAUUGACGAUGAUGUGCAAGAAGUGCUGCGAAUAAUGAGAGGAAAUACGCAAAACGACAUCAAUCACGAGUCGCCUAAUCGUAUGGAAAGAGAGAUGCUGGUACAAAAUGCUGCAAGCAACACGUUGCCUUCACAGCUGGAGCCGACUAUUUAUCCGGAAGAAUGCGACGUUGUAUUUACGAAUUUCGGACCGUCCGAUUGUCCGUCAUUCAUGACCAUAACUGAGAGCGAGUAUCAGUUCCUGGCGAAUUCCUUCAAUAGAAAGCUGGGUAUUUAUUUGGCGGAUCUGGACCAUUACGGGAUCAAACUCUGCAGUGAUUUACCGGAAAUUAAUAACAACUUGGAAGAGUACGCGGUAUGUGCUCACCAGGAUAUCUUCGAAACGUGGAAGCAAUCGGACGGGUCGCCGUAUACUACGGAACUGAAAGCCAAUGACAACGAAAUAGCUGUUGUGCUAGACUGAACAUAUUAGCAAAAACUUGACUAGCGUUGGAGACCCGACUCCUUAAAUAUGUUCAAGACCAAGCAACGAACGUGCCAAUAUAUUCUUUUAUUUUCCUUUUACGUUGUUUUUAAUUUUCUUAAAUUUUAAGAAAGAUAUUCGUGAUAUUAUAGCAUAUGUUAUGUAUUUUUUUCUAUAUAUAAGUAUUGAUUUAUCUUACACACAUUCACACACACACACACACACACACACGUGUGUGUAUGAAUAAAAUCGACAAAAAAGAGCAAACUUUCUAUAAUUGUUUUUCUUUUCUUACUCUUAUCAUUUUCACUAUUGCGUUGUCUUUUUUAUUGAAACAAAUGAGCUGUACAAAGGACGUGUAAUACUUCAAGCGAAUUGAAUAAGUGUGAUAUAUCAAGUUGCAAUUUCGAAAACAAAGACUUUCGGCUUAUGGUAAAUAAAUAAAAAUCCUAAACGUUUUGUUUAUGAGCAUAGAAAGAUGUUUGAAAACUAUUCUUGAUGUUAAAAGAUCUGAAUGUGAAUAAUUCGCAAUUGUUAAUCUUGUUCGGUUAUCGACUCUUGCUACAAGGGUUAGUAAGAGCUUCUAAAACUCUAAUAAGAUAUAUAAACAUUGUUGUUGAUUAUAUUUUAGCAAAUUAAAAAUUUUUUAAAGCAAUAAGAGAAAAGACGAAUUAUAUUCUUACUGGUUUAAGUCUAAACGUUAUAUAUUUGAAUUUUUCUUCUUUUUCUCCCGACUGCUGCCAACCUUCGGUUGGCGAAGACGAGGGAGUAUGCGUUUCAUUAGCUUGUGCGAUUAAAUACCGUUUGUAACCGUUUUGUAACAAUAGUCACAUUAAUCGUAUGGUUCCGUUAAAACUGGUCGAUUAUAGACGUCUCAUUUCGCUAUAUUCCUACUUAUAUGUAUGCUUAUAUACAUAUGCUAUUACUAUAACCAUAGAUAUAAAUUUUUAUAUUCUUAUACGUUUCGUCAGAAAUUUCUUUUGUGUCAGGUUAGAGUUACAAAAGUUACAAUAUGUAAGUUCACGUACAUGAUGU